GUAAAAGUGGUACAACAACAUUCGGUUUAUAGAGCUCGUCAAGGUGUAUUUGGCCGACCUAUGGCUAUCGCUGCAGCAAAGACGAUGCCUGGCCACAAGUGGUGGAUGUCAUUCGGUGCACAAACACCUGAAUUACAAAAAAUUGCUGUCAGAGUAUUGUCACAGGUCACAUCAGCUGGGUCUUGUGAACGUAACUGGUCAACAUUUGACUUUAUUCACACAAAAAAACGCAACAGACUUGCAUGCAAGACGGUUGAGAAGAUUGUUAAUGUACAUUGCAACUUACAGCUAGUAACAAAAAUUGAAGAUAUUAACUAUAUUGACGAGUAUAUCGAUUGGUCAUCUGAUGCUGACAGUGAUGACAAUGUGGACUGA